UACUAACGUGGCACUCCCGCAGGCGGGCUACUGCUAUGGGGUCACAUCACCAGCAUUUCCAUCACCAAAAACAUGACGAUUUAAUUUUCACCACCUCUCCCCCAUUCUUUGUUUCUCUCCCCCUGCCAGACACAAAUACCGAGCGCCAUGCCAUAACACGGAGAAUACACCAGGCACUUAUUUAGGGACAGCAAUGUUCCAGGGUCUCGCACAUGCGACGAGAUGGACCCUGAAUCAUCUUCGUCUUCAUCCGUCAUGCCGCUACAACGCUCCACCUCACAACUCUCGACGGCUUCGGCCAGGAGUGCGAGUGCCAGUGUGAGAGGGCAAACGUUGCGCGCGAGGUCGAGACAGAGGGCGAAGCUGACCUCACAGCCCUCGAGUUCGGCCUCGUCCAUCGCAGCAUCCGACAAGUCAUUGACCUCCUUUCCGUCCUUCUCACCCGAGUCCCCUCGCGAAUCUGCGUCAGGCCCCUUCUUUGAGUCCUUCGAGGCGACCACAAGCGGCAGAACACCAGGUCCUGAGAAGCGGAAGAUCUCGAAUCCGCAAUCUAUCAAUUCUAUUGUGGAUAGUCUGACGUCCUCCAACACCCCAAAGACGCCCAGAAAUGCACUGUUCGAGGAUACGCCCAUCUCCACCAACAAAAUACCAGGCACGCUGCAUCUCGCCGACGACGAUCACAUACAGCGUCUCAUCAUGCGCCAUGGUGCCCCAAACCUCGUCCGCCAGCUUGCCGAAGACCUCGCACAACGAGAUGCCCAGAUCGCAAACCUUAGGCGGAAGGCCGACGAGAGAGAAAGGGCACUCAGAAGGAUAAUCCUAGAGUGCGGGUUGUCGAAUCUGGAUCUCGAGAAGAGGCUGCGCGAGGUUGAAGCAGAACUUAAAGCUCAAGAUCGAUCCAAGAGAGCUGGCCUGUCUGACAUGAUGAGCGAUGCCAUGCACGACACAGUAACACACGGCGACUUGCUGCUCGGCAGAAAAGACGAUACCAUCAGAGCGAGGAGCAUUUCCGCAUCAAAAGACAAUGAUGGGAAGGCCCCUUACAGUGUGCGCGGCUGGAAGGACUGGCUCAUGGGAACUGGCACGAGCAAGAGAAACAGCCGAGCCAGUAGCAUCAACGGUGAUACAUCCAGGACGGCUGUUACCCGCGCCCAAACCGGGGAUCGUCGACCCACAAUCAAGGACGACCUCUUCACGCCGCCUGAUGCGGAAUCUGUCAAAAGCUCAAGCAGAGCCUCGAGCAUCUAUUCGGGGCAGGCGGGGAGGAAACCGUCUGCGUCUCUGGCUAGCAUGGCCUUGCAACUCGUCGCUGGGAAAGCUACAGGCCGCGAUGGCGAUUCUAUCAGAGGGAGAUCGGACUCUGCUGGCCGCGGCAUUGGUGGUUCUUUGAGGACAGCUUCGGCUGCUAGUGUGAGGACGAAUGCCUCUAGCCGCGCUGUUUCCAUCCAGGUUGGCCCAAAGGCUCUCAUGGCCAUGCGACGUGCAACACCAGCACCGUCCAACGGCAGCAUAAGAAGUCGUCCUCAGGAGAGGUGGGACAUUGGUGAUACGGGCCCGCCAAGUCCCGACGCUACUCGCCCCGAUAACUCCGGUCCCGUAGAGAUGGACACUAUUCUCUCGCCGGAAAACCAGCCGCCAAUAUUUACACAUGUCUACAACAACUACCCUGGCUCGGAGUUUCUGACGGACUCUUUUGGUUUCAUCUUCGAUCAGCGCAGAAGAAAACGGCAAAAGGAGGCAGCCCAGGUGGUGUUGCAGAUGAAAAGAGGCAGCCGCACUGAGAUGCUGACGGGCAAGUCAACGAUAUCACCAAAUCUUCUCGAGGAUGAUGUCAGAUCUUUAGGAAGCAUCGAGAGGCCCGACAGUCCUUUCUCAACCGAGGAACCUGUUGAAAGACCCAAGAGAUGGCAGGACUAUCUCAAAAUUGCGACUUUCCCCACUGAGCUGCUUUCUCAUACUCCUUCCAUGACUGCCUCUGCUCUCGAGGUGCAUGCUGGGGGCGAUGCGCAACCUUCACCAGGUCUGAUGUUGUCUGAAGAGCGUGGCUUCUUACCUCCAGCGAGCACAACCGCUGCUGUCAAUGACGAGACAGCUAAGCCCACAGAGGAUGCGUCGCCAACCGCAGCAGUCCUGGAGGACACGGAGCCAGUAAAACUCCUACUUGAUCAACUCAACGAUGUUCACAACGCAUUACAACGGGACAAGACUUUCAAGUGGAACGAAUUUAUGCGCAAGGUUAGACUCGACCGCAGACGCGAAGGUGAAGCCGCUGCCGCCGCCGCCGCUGCAGCAGCCGAGGCCCGGUAUCAACAGGCUCCUCUCAUGCUUCCAGAAGCCAAGUUAGCUGAUGGAGAGCUUAUUGGUAUUGCCGAUCUCGGAGUCAAGGGUAAAGUUGGGAGGAACAAAUGGAUUGAGUUCCGUAAUUUGGUCCUGGGCGGCAUUCCCGUUACGCUUCGGCCAAAGGUUUGGUCUGAAGGCUGCGGCGCGAUCUUUAAGAAAAUACCUGGGUAUUACGCUGGUUUAGUGUCCAAAGGUGUUGAAGGCCUAGAUCCUGCGACUGUGACGGAUAUUGACAGGGAUAUUGAUCGAACGCUUCGAGACAACAUCUUCUUCCUCCGUGGUCCUGGAGUCCAAAAGCUUCACGAGGUGCUAGUUGCCUAUGCCCGGCGCAAUCCAAACGUUGGCUACUGUCAAGGCAUGAAUCUCAUUGCUGCCAAUCUGCUUCUAAUAAUGCCCUCAGCGGAAGAGGCAUUCUGGAUCUUGACUUGCAUGGUUGAGAAGAUGUUGCCUGAGGGCUAUUUUGACCAUUCUCUCAUUGCUUCCCGUGCUGACCAGCAGGUAUUGCGGCAGUAUGUGGCUCAGGUACUACCGAAAUUAUCACAACAUCUCGAGGCCAUGUGUAUUGACCUCGAGACGCUGACCUUCCAGUGGUUUCUGAGCAUCUUCACAGACUGUCUCUCCGCCGAAGCACUAUUCAGGGUUUGGGACGUUGUCCUCUGCACCGGCGACGGCAGCACUUUUCUAUUUCAAGUCGCGCUGGCAUUAUUGAAGCUCAACGAGCGCCAGUUAUUGGCUUGUCCCUCGCCAAGUGAGAUUUAUACCUACAUCAACCGUCAGAUGACGAAUCAUGCCAUCAGUAUUGACGGGUUGAUCCAAGCCUCCGAGGGACUGCGCAGGGAGGUUAAACGGGAGGAUGUAGAGACUAGGAGAGAGAAAGCUAUCGAGGCAGAAAAGCAACUGAUGAAGGAGCGCGAGGAGCAGAGGGAAGCUAGGUUGUCCACGAAGACUGCGAGCGCCCCAGCUCUUGUCACACGGGAGAGCGCGAGCGCCGUGCCGAGCCCGAGUCCCAGUCCAAUGCUAAAGCAGGGCGAAGAUAACAGCAGCAUGGCGAGCUUAUCUAUCGCGGACUUACGAGAGCUGGACGCGCAGCGCGAGUUGAUGGUUCGCACGCCGAUACCUGUCGAGGAAGAGGUCGGGCUGGGGUUGGGAUGAGAGGCAGUUGAUCAUGAUUGCCUUAAAAGUAUGGACCAUCUCAGAUUCGACCACGAGAGGAAAGAUUUGGAAGAUUCAAGACAACUCAACACAAACCAAUUUGGUAGGAACGGGAUGGGUUAGGUGUUUUUCUAGACUGGAUCAUAUUCAUAUCCUUGAUACCCCCCACACGGCAAUGAUAUUUUUCUCGAGCAUACAAAUGGAGUACACUUAGCGUUGGUAGAAAUGUCAUCAUAUUCCCAAUAACCACGUUCCGC